AUUUGCUUCAUCUAAAAAAUUCGUUUUCUCAACUAGCAAGUUUUCUCAACUCAGCAAGUUACUUCAAUUCAGCAAGUUUCCAGCUCAGCAAGUUUCUAACCAGGGUGUCCAAACACCCCCAAAAUAAUUUGAGGUGUGUCCAAUCUUUUGAGGCAAUCAUGACCACAGCAGCAGUACCCACAAACCCAAAAAGUCAAAUGGCUGAGGCAUAUGUUCAGAAGCACAGAAUUCCAGAACUCUUUGAGAACAUGACAGCUGCCCUCAUUCAUUCCCAGCCAGAAAACGCCAAGAAGUUCAUGAUAAAGUACUUGGAGACAUUGAAAGAGUACAGAGACGAGAAGGGAGACUACCCCGCCAUGUUCACCGAUGCCAACAUGACUGCUGUGUUUGGGAUGCUGGAUGUCACUAACAAGGGCUACAUCAGCAUGGAACAGUAUAGAAGUGCUCUGAAGACACUAGGAGUGAAGAAAUAUAAUGCUCGACCUGAUGGGUGUGAGAAAGAUCAGAUAAACCUGCCAACCUUCAUGACUGAAGCGGAAGAGGCUGCAAUAACUUCUAUAAUGAGUUCACAGCCAUUUUCCAAAGCAUUUCCCGAACUAGAGUAAAGCAGGAUUGGAGCAAGCAUCUGCUAACUUCGUGAAACUAACCUAGAUCCUCCCUAUCUACCACACAAGGCUUUAUCUGUCUUGAACCAAUCACUUUAAGACUCUAUUGGUGUUUUCGAUAACGGCGAUCUUUCAGAUUUUUACAGCACGAAUAUUAAUUAUAAUAGUUUCUAUUACAAUAAUAUGUGAGAUGUGGUUAUCACAUGACAGUGUUAUCAGAUUCAGAGAUAUUUCGUGGAAGUUUGUCACAUUAUAUUGUGUCAAAACAACUUUACUUUUACAGAAGAACUUUCAGAUCAGAUACAGUUUUUUCUUAAUCCCCAAUAAAUGUAAAUAGUAUCACGUUAUAAUAUUGUAUUAUGUAUAGUAUUUAAAUGUACAAUCAUAUUAUGGCACCUUUGUAAAGAUUUAAUUUAUUG